CCCUUUGGCUUAAUCUACUUGAUCAGCUUCCUUUUUCUACAAUUAACCUCCUCUCAUUGCUUAGGAAACUUUGUCAUCGCUGAGACAUGGAAUUUUCCCUUAAGCACAAAAUUUGUUUUCUUUGUAUCAUGGUGCUCUUGCCUGCACUGUGUACCUCUCAAGACACAUUUACAAGCUCUAGAGCAACCUAUUAUGGUAGCCCAGAUUGCUAUGGGACCCCAACUGGAGCUUGUGGCUAUGGAGAAUAUGGAAGGACAGUCAACGACGGCCAAGUGGCCGCAGUUGCUAGGCUGUAUCGGAAUGGAACUGGCUGUGGUGCAUGUUACCAGGUUAGGUGCAGAGAACCUCAACAUUGCAGUAGUGAUGGGGUGAAUGCGGUGGUGACAGAUUAUGGGGAAGGAGACAGAACAGACUUCAUCUUCAGCCGAAGAGCCUAUGCAAAGUUGGCAAGUAACCCAGCUGCAGCUGAAAGGCUAUUUGCUUAUGGUGUGGUUGAAAUUGAAUACAGAAGGAUCCCCUGCCGGUUCUCUGGUCGUGCCAACCUUGCGUUCAAAGUCCAUGAACAGAGCAAAUAUCCUGACUACUUGGCUAUAGUGAUUCAAUAUGUAGCUGGCCAAAACGACAUCAUAUCUGUUGAGUUGUGGCAGGAGGAUUGCAAACAAUGGAGGGCCAUGCGCAGAGCAUAUGGAGCAGUUUUUGACACUCCAAACCCACCUAGUGGCUCCCUUAACUUGAGGUUCCAAGUGAGUGGCAGUGCAGGGGUGAAAUUCGUGCAGGCAAACCAAGCCAUCCCUGGAGAUUGGAAAGCUGGGGUUUCCUAUGAGACAGACAUUCAGCUCAAUUAACUGCACAUGUUUUGAGAUCAUCCCAAACUUUUAUCCAAAUAUUAGGACAGAAAUUUCAUGUUGGUUAAUAUAUUAUAAUUAUUCCAUGUAAUGCUAGUUGCUUGCUUGUCAUGUCUAGGAGAUGUAUUAACUAUUGGUAUUGUAUGCUGGGUAGGAGCAAGUGCACUUGGCUUGCCCCCAGAUUUAGUGGGAUGGUGUACUUUCAAUUUGUGAGGAUAUAAUAUGAAUAAAGUUCCAACUUUUUGGAUCCUUCCAUA